CUAACCUAUUGGACCGUUAGAUCUAAAAUUGAAUCAACGGUGGAGAUCGGCUUAGUCUGAUGACUAAGGCCCCCCCCUUAGUCACCAGAUCUUGAGCCCUACGCCAAAGCUUUUCACCUCACACGGAUUCGGAUAUGGCAGCAAACGGCCGCGGCGCCACCCAUUUCUCCACCUCACAGGUCAGCGCUCUUUCCCACUUCCCUCUAACCUUCAUAGCCAUGGCUGAACGCUGAACCAUCAUACCUCGUUACCCUAACCUAACCCCAACAAUGUCUCAAUUAACAGCAGAAAUUAUUGACUCUGGAAAAUAGUCAAGUUCAUCAGUGGUAGUCUAGCAGGGAAAAAAUCCCAAAUUAUACAUGUUUUUAAAAAAAAUUCUCAAAAUACACAAGUUAUGAAAAUAAUUCCCAAUCUACGUUAGUUUGGGCCAUCACCGCUUUCGACGAAGACAGUGAUUGAAUCACUGUUGUCAACGAAGACAGUGAUUGCAUCACCGCUGUCGACGAAGACAGUGAUUGCAUCACCGCUGUCGACGAAGACAGUGAUUGCAUCACUGCAGUACACGGCCGCGGUGAAGGCCUGACCUGCGUCGAAACUUUAAACAAACGUAACUUUGUGCUCGGUUAUCCGAUCGUAGCGAAAUUUUUUUUGAUUCCGCAUAAUUUUUUGAGAUCUUGCAAGCCGCAAAUUGCCGUAGGCGGUUUGGUCCCGCCUUCGUCUCGAAAAUAUGUCGUUUGCUACACCGAAUGAGCCUUUUUUCGAUUUCGUCAAACUUUGAACGACCAUAACUUUGUGCUCCACAAUCCGAAAAUCAUGAAUUUUUUUUUUAUUUCGCAUAACUUUUUAAGGACUACAAUUUUUAGUAGGAGAGAAAUCAAAAAAUUGUAGUCCUUAAAAAGUUAUGCGAAAUCAAAAAAAAAUUCAUGAUUUUCGGAUUGUGGAGCACAAAGUUAUGGUCGUUCAAAGUUUGACGAAAUCGAAAAAAGGCUCAUUCGGUGUAGCAAACGACAUAUUUUCGAGACGAAGGCGGGACCAAACCGCCUACGGCAAUUUGCGGCUUGCAAGAUCUCAAAAAAUUAUGCGGAAUCAAAAAAAAUUUCGCUACGAUCGGAUAACCGAGCACAAAGUUACGUUUGUUUAAAGUUUCGACGCAGGUCAGGCCUUCACCGCGGCCGUGUACUGCAGUGAUGCAAUCACUGUCUUCGUCGACAGCGGUGAUGCAAUCACUGUCUUCGUUGACAACAGUGAUGCAAUCACUGUCUUCGUCGAAAGCGGUGAUGGCCCAAACUAACGUAGAUUGGGAAUUAUUUUCAUAACUUGUGUAUUUUGAGAAUUUUUUUUAAAAACAUGUAUAAUUUGGGAUUUUUUCCGUCUAGCAGAGGAUAAAGCUUGAAUCUUUAUUUUCUUUUUCCCCCUCUCCUUCUGUGGAUAACAACUAACAAGAUCCCAUUAUUGCUCGGCUGAGAUUAAUUCGACCCAAAAAAAACAAAAACACCAACGAAUUGCCUGGUCGAGAUUCUGCGUCGCCAUUUCAAGCAGAGCAAGCAAGACCCGGAAAUCGUUCUUUGCUAUGGAAAAGCUGCAAAUCCCAUUUCCCAAAUCCUAUUCCGGGUUCGGAACCAACCCGGAUCCCCAACCCGACCGCUCCAUCAGAAUCGGCGGUCUGAUCCAGAAAUCGGCGGGUAGAGUAGUUGUACCCAGAAUUAGGAUCCAGGCGCCGCGCCCGAUUCAGCGGCAGGUUUCCGGCGGCAACCCAGGGGAAGUACUAUCGGCGGCGAUUGAGAUGGAAGAAGAAGAAGAAGAAGAAGACGAGCUGUGUCCGGUGGAAUGCGUGAGGGAAUUCAAGACGGACGAGGAACUGCUGAAGGUGAUUGAGAAAUCCAAGGCUACAGGGGCGCUUGUAGUGGUUGAUUUCUACAGGACUUCGUGUGGGAGCUGCAAGUACAUCGAACAGGGGUUUUCCAAGCUCUGCAAGGGUUCCGGCGAAGAGGGCUCUCCCGUCAUCUUCCUCAAACACAAUGUGAUUGAUGAAUACGAUGAAGAAUCCGAGGUUGCGGACAGACUUAGGAUCAGGGCGGUGCCGCUUUUCCAUUUCUACAAAGAUGGGGUGUUGGUGGAAGCAUUUCCCACCAGAGACAAACAGCGGAUUACAGAGGCCAUUCUUAAAUACACGUCUUCAUCUUCUCCAUCAGCUCAAGAAACUUGAUGCAAGUUCAGACUGCAACAUAUAUGGCCCAUUUGUAAAAAAAAAAAAAAAAAAAGGAGUCUCUUAUUUUAGCAUUUUAAUGAUAAAUGCAGACAUUAGAGGGUAUGAGCUUGAUUCUGCUUCUACCCAAUUCUGGAACCAGAACUGAAGCAACUCUAAUCCUGAUGCUGUAUGGAUUGGAUAUAUGUACUUCAAUGUUCAAUAUACCAGGAGAUCAAAUGAAUAGAAAAAUAAGACGGGUUUAGAAUCUUGGUGUCAACAAUCACCAUUGUAACGGAAAAUGGUGGUAAUGUCGUCAAGCCUGAUAGAAAUCUGUUCUAUGUGUGUGGAGUUGAAGCAUUAGUUGUCACUGGAUGAGGUCCAGGGCUCCAAACAAGUUGCUCUUAUUGAGGCUCUCUUGAAGGUACAUAAAGUUUACCGAUAUGGAUUAUCGAUCUGGCUUGUAAAAUGCAUAUUACUAAACCGGUUUGACAACCUUGAUUGUCAGUCAGUUUUACUGGGGUUUCUGGCAACACGUGUUUGGUAAAAACACAAUAGUAAGUGGAUCACAGGUAUAGGGGCACCAUGGAAAGAGCUGUCACGAAAGAAGGACCAGUUUGUCAUAAACCAGUUGGUUCUAAUAACCCGAGUUGUUUGGAGACGGUUAUGUUGGAUCUUAUAUGAUCUCAUGUGUAGUACUUAAACAGUUUUUUUUUUAUACUGAAAGUGGCCCAAAAAGGCUAAAACCUUGUAGUGUGGUACUGCUCUGACAAAUGGUUACUUCAAUUGGUAUAUAAAUUGAUGAUAAAAAAUGGUACACCAGGAAAAAAGUUACUGCAUGGACACAGUGAGUUCUCUUCCGAAGUUAUAAAAUAGAACUAGGCAAGGCAAAGAUGUCAGUCUGGCUACUGGGAUUCUCUGUGCUUUCCCCACGUAUUUAUCGUUACAGAUUCACGUGUGUUACUUGAUGACCCUGCAUUCGUAACCUGUCACAGAAAUGGUAAGCUUUUCUUUCAUGGCUUUGAAGGGGAAAUGGUAAAAUUUUGAGGACUUGUCAAUGGUCAAUCAUUGUCAGGUUGAGAUGGCUCAUGUGAAUUGGUUAGAAAGUGUAAAUUUCAGCUGUAAAUUCUUCUCAUUUUCAAGAUUUCGUUUGAACGAAAGAAGGGUGAAUGAUGAGGGUGGAGGCUUCUAUCAAAAAGAUUUCUUAGUUUAACGGUGUCACGACAAAUCGUUAAAUUAUAGGAGAUUGAUUGAUUUUGAUGGACUCUAUUCCAGUGUUCUCCUGAUAAGCCCACGAAUCAAUGAACUCAGCCCAACCGACGUUCAGCUUGUGAGCCCCAGUCCAAUUCGCGCUAACGGGAUUUCGUGUAGCCCAACCAUUGUCCAAGCUGAACGUUGCCAGGACAGGAGUAGUCUUUGGGUUUUGUUUUAUGUUGAAAGGGUAUUCCCUACUGAUUAGGAGUAGUAGUUGCUGGUUGUUUUGGUUGGAAUAAAGUCCCUCCACCUUAAGUGGAGAAAGAGUAGGCAAUAGGUAGUCGUGGAAGCAUAGCUCCCACCUUGUUAGGAUUUUUAGUUUCAACGAUGAUGUAUUUAAACUAGAAGCAAAGAAAUAACAAGAGGCAGAAUUUUAGUAAGUACAACCUCUGGUAAUUUCUCGUUAAGAAAAGAGAGACUGACUCAAUCCCGCCAAGAAAAGGGAUUCAUUCAC